GCUUUCUUCAUUCAUUCUUUUCUCUGUCACUCAUUUGACCGGUUUGGUCUUACACAUUCUUUUGUUCAAUUGACGUUCCGCAUUGCACGCUUCGUGCUCCUUUAGCUUUAACCAUUCUAUCAUUCUCCAAUAUGAAAGCCCCUCAGACAACAUUUAUGUUCGCGGCCCUUCUGGGGCUCGCUGCAGCCUCUGAUGACAUUCGCUGUGCGAGUGAAUCCAUUCCUAUCCCCGGCCUCGGCAAGGAGAUGACUUCUGCCAUGGACACCAUCAUCAAGAGCACCGUCGACCAAGUCUGUGACCACCCAGAGAACUUCAUCCCCGAUGCAGACGGCAUUGCCCAGCUGCUCGGUCUUGAUGCCGACCCAGUGCACUUCCAAGUCACGCUCCCCGACGCUGUUACCAAGAUCUCCUCCGAGGUCUGCCACCGCGUCCUCACCGCCAUCAUCGGCCAGUGCAUCUCUGACAAGAACGUCUGGGGAGGGUCUGCCGCCGUAGACGGCGCUCUGUACGAGAUCGGUCAGCUCACCGACAAGCUCCCUCUGCACAUUGGCACCCCUGCGCUUCCCAGCGAGGUUCCGGCUGUGUCGGACGUGGCCGCCAUUGCGUCUAAUCUUCCCAUCUCGUCUAUUGCCGCCGCGCUGCCCACUGCGAUCCCUACGGCAAUUUCCGGCGAGGCCACCGGCCUUCUUGAGAAGAUUCCCGGCCUUGGUGGCCUUUUCAGGCGUCAGCCUAUCAACAUUGGUACCUACAACCCUGAGUACUUCCGCACCAAGUACGGCAUCGAGCCCACUCCUACUGCUGGCGGUGACGAGGCUGAGGCUACUGGUGGAGCUGGAGACGAAGAGACUGAGGAGCCAACUGAAGAGGAGGGUGAAGACACUGAGGAAGAGGAUACCAGCGAAACCGAAGAAGGCGAUGACAACUUCGAUGAAGAAGAGCCCGAAGAGUCUGAUGUGCCAACCUCCUCCUCCGCCGCCAUCUCGACUCCUGGACCUCUCGUUCCCACACACAGGCCGUAUGCCCCUGGCUCCCAGCACUCUUACGGCUCUGGAAACGGAACCGGUCCCUUUCCCGGAACUGCAACUGGUGCGACUGGCUACGCUUCUGGAACUGCCGUGUUGCCCACUGGAACCGCUCCUGUCUUGCCUACAGGAACUGCGUCGCCCAUCGAGCCUUCAGGCAGCUAUGGCGCCGGAAACUCUGGAUCCAACUCUACGAUCGUGGACAUCCCCACCCCCGUCCCUGAGCCUUCAUCUGGGUACGGCACCGGCGAGAGCGGAGUGAGCUCAGACGUUGAGGCUUCUACCACUGCUGCGCCCGCGACUCCUUCAGGCAACGGGUACAGCACUGGUGAGGGCGAGGGCAAGGUCAGCUCUGAUGUCGAGGCAUCUACGACUGCUGCGCCCGCCGUCCCCUCAGGAGGAUCUUACAACACCGGCGGCGAGGGCGGCGUCAGCUCAGACGUUGAAGCCUCAACCACCGUCUCCCCCGAAGAGCCGUCCCUCCCCAUCCCGACCGGCGAUGCCCCAGCAGUCACCCCCUCCGGCCUGUACCCAACCGGCGGCGAGGAGCCCUCGGGCAUCUACUCCUCCGCCGACAUCGUCCCCACCAGCGACGCCGCGCCCGCGUCGCCCUCAGGCAACGGCUAUAACGCCGGCGAGGGCGAGACACCUGCUACGACCGCCGCCCCUGCCGAGCCUUCAGGCGAUGGGUACAGCACCGGUGGCGAUUCGGGCGCUGAGUCCUCCGCCGAACCCGCAGUCCCCUCUGGCGGUGUUUACUCCAUCCAAACCGUCGCCAACCCGCCCGAGACGCCUGCCACGACGGCGGCCCCCUCUGGUGGCGUAUAUUCGAUCCAGACGGCCGCAAACAGCCCCUCGACUACGAGCUGCACGAAGACGACGCUCGAGAAGCGCGCAAGGCCGACGCAAGCCACUGUGUUUGUUUGGCCUCAGUGAGCGCUUUUGACUUGAUGGAUUAAUGUUGCUGCAUGCAUGUUUGGCGCUGGCUAGAUUUGGGCUUGGAUUUGGAUUCAAUUCUACACGUCGGGAUUUUUGAGGUGUCGUCCAUGUAGACGGCAUCGAUUGCAUGCAUACCCUGUGGGUCUAGAUAGUCACAAUGUUCAAACACACUUCUCUAUGUUC